AUGGAUCUCCCUCGGGUAUGGGCAGAGCAAGCUUCUGACUUCUCCCUCGGGUAUGGGCAGAGCAAGCUUCUGACUUCUCAAACAAUCAAGCAGCUGAUUGAAUGGCGAAAGGAAUCAUUUAUCCUUGUCUUGUUCGUUCCUCAUUUUCUUGUACAAGUAUUACUUGAGGAUUACUCUGUUUCCAAUAAAUGA